GACUCUGGGGGGGCUCCCGGGGGUCUCAGAGCUCGGGGAUUUUUUGGGGGGGGUGUCCGUGGGGGUCUCUGGGUGGUCUGUGACCCCCCCUGGCCCCCCCAGGCGGCCGCCCUGGAGAAGGAUGCCGAGCUGGAUCGCCGCAUCGCCGCCCUGCGCAGGAAGAACGAGGCGCUGGUUCGGCGGUACCAGGAGAUCGAGGAGGAUCGGCGGCGGGCGGAGCUCGAGGGGGGGGCUGUGACGUCCCGACCCCCCCCCCGCAGAGGGGGGGACAGAGACCCCCAGGGACCCCCACGGACAAGAAGCCCCAGGACCCCCAAAUCUCAGGGCGCCUCCGCGGGGAGGAGGGGGCUCGGGGCCCCCUGGCCCCUUUGGGGGUCCUGGGGUCCUGGGCCCGAGACCCCGGGGAAGGGGAGGGGCGGGGGCGACCCUGGACCCGACAGGAAAACACAGGAGUGGGAGCAGCGGCGGCUCCAGAACAUCGAGCAGAUGAACGAGGAGAUGGAGAAAAUCGCCGAGUACGAGCGGAGCCGCAGGGAGGGGGUCCCUGAGAAGAACCCAGUUCGGAAUUUCCUGGACGACCCCCGACGCUGCGGCCCCGCCCUGGGGGGGGAGGGGCCCGGGGGGACCCCCCGGAGACACACCCGGAACUGGGGGGGACCCGACUUCGGAAAGGUCACGGCGGGGGGUCGUCACAGGAGCCCCAAGGGUGGUGGGGGGCCCCCCCUGGACCCCACGCUGUGGAUGACGGGCCGGGAACGCGCCGAGUACGAGCGCUGGAAACGGGAACGGGAACGAAUCGACCGCGAGCGCCUCGAGAGGCACCGAGACCCUGGGGGGGCCUGGAGGAGGGAGUGGGACGCCCAGAAACCCCAGGAAAUGAUGCACGACGACCGCUGGGAGCCAGAGCCGGAGCCCCCCGAGGACCCCCAGACCCCCCAGGCCCUGGAAAACCCCCUGGAAAAGCCCCUGGAAAAGCCCCCCCGGCAUUCCCAGAGCGCGGAGGAGGACGAGGAUCAGUGGGAGGACCUGGACGAGGACGAGGAGGAGGAGCCUGGAGAGACCCCCAGUGUGUCGGGGGUGGAAAUCACGGAUUUCCAGCGGGACGAUCCAGCGACCCCCCCCCAACUGUGA